AUGUCUGUUGAAAAAGUUCCUGAAGAAAGCUUAGACAAGAACUUGUCCAACGUUGAGCAAAACGUCAGUCUUGGUGGCGAUUUCGAAAAUGACGACGGUAGAGAACCAACCGACUUGGAAUUGAAGACCUUGAGACACAUCUCUGAAUCCAUUCCAUUCAGAUGUUGGUUAGUUGCCAUUGUCGAAUUAGCUGAAAGAUUCGCUUACUAUGGUUUAUCUGCUCCAUUCCAAAACUAUAUGCAAAAUGGUCCAAACGACACUCCUCCAGGUUUGUUGGCUUUGAACCAAAGUGGUGCUUCUGCUUUAUCCUACUUUUUCCAAUUUUGGUGUUAUGUUACUCCAAUUCUUGGUGGUUGGAUCGCUGAUACCUACUGGGGUAAGUACAAGACCAUUUUCUACUUCUGUAUCUUGUAUAUCAUUGGUAUCUUCAUUUUGUUCAUCACUUCCUUGCCAUCCAUCACUUCCAGAACCACCGGUCUUGCUGGUUAUAUCGUUUCCAUUAUUAUCAUUGGUUUAGCUACUGGUGGUGUCAAGUCCAACGUUUCCCCAUUGAUUGCUGAUCAAAUUCCAAAGACCAAGCCAGUUAUCAAGGUUUUAAAGUCUGGUGAACGUGUUAUCCAAGAUCCAAACAUUACCAUUCAAAACGUUUUCAUGUUCUUCUAUCUUAUGAUUAACAUUGGUUCCAUGUCUGUUAUUGCUACUACUGAAAUGGAAGCCCACAUUGGUUUCUGGGCCGCUUACUUGUUGCCAUUCUGUUUCUUCUUCAUUGCUCUUGCUGCUUUGAUUCUCGGUAGAAACCAAUAUGUUAAGAUUCCAGUCAGUGAAAAGAUUAUUAACAAGACCUUCAAGUGUGCUUGGAUUGCUGUUACUAACAAGUUCGACUUGGAAGAAUGUAAGCCAUCUGUCCACCCAGAAAGAAACUACCCAUGGACCGACCAUUUUGUUGAAGAAAUCAGAAGAGCUCUUUACGCUUGUAAGGUUUUCAUUUUCUACCCAAUUUACUGGGUCGUUUACGGUCAAAUGUUGAACAAUUUCGUUUCUGUUGCCGGUACUAUGGAAUUGCACGGAUUACCAAACGAUAUCUUGCAAGCUAUUGACUCCCUUACCAUUAUUAUUUUCAUUCCUAUCUUUGAAAGAUUGGUGUACCCAUUCAUUAGAAGAUUCACUCCAUUCAAGGCUGUCACCAAGAUUUUCUGGGGUUUCAUGUUCGGUACCGCUGCCAUGGUUUACGCUGCUGUUUUGCAACACUACAUUUACAAGGCCGGUCCAUGUUACGACAUGCCAAUGGCCUGUGCUCCAGAAUACGCCAACACUCCAAACCACAUCCACGUUGCUCUCCAAACUCCAGCUUAUUUCUUCAUUGCCAUUUCUGAAAUCUUGGCUUCUAUUACCGGUUUAGAAUACGCUUACACCAAGGCUCCAAUUUCCAUGAAGUCCUUCAUCAUGUCUAUAUUCUUGGUUACCAAUGCCUUUGGUUCUAUUUUGGGUAUUGCUAUCUCCUCCACUUUCGAAGAUCCAAAGAUGGUCUGGACUUUCACUGGUUUGGCUAUUUCCUGUUUCAUUGCUGGUGUUGCCUUCUGGUUAUGUUUCAAGCACUACAACUUGAAGGAAGAAGAAUUGAACAACUUGGAAUACGAUGGUGAUGAUGAACACAUUCCUCACGAUUUACAACCAAUCACUUCCCUCGCUCACUCCCACAAGAGUCUUGCUUAA